AUGAUCUGGGUCACUCUUGCUUCGCCUAUCAUUACUCAAACAACACCGUCGUUCAUUGUAGCAGCCAUCACUGAUAUUGCUACCUUGUUCACCUCAGUUGUGAAAAGCCGAAUUCAGCACGGUUUCAUGCGACACCUUGAAGCACCGCUGCGGAGCAUCAGUAACGCAACAGAAGCUGAACAGCUCCUUCAAAGGCGCUUACUCGAUCGAAAUUGGCGAGGGCUGGUACAGAUCAUCAAUUAUGAGCCUCUGGUGCCAGGUGCGACUUACCCAUUUACUGACAACAGAACCUCUAACGCAUGCGCGGGAUUCACAAAGGGUCCCGUUCAAGGCGUCUUUGGAUGGAGCACAUCGACUGACACAGGUUUCUUCUAUUCUUGGCUGAAAGAUUGUCCAUCUUCACGCGUCCUGGCACAAAUAUCCAAUAUCAACAACCAAAAACCCCAAGACUCUUUCGAAUAUCGACUUGUCACUCUCGACCUGCAGCCUACAGUCGUCUCUUGA